GCUAGGGGACCGGUUGCUCCGGAAGUGGAGGGAGGGGGUGAAAAUGGCGCCCAGCUCGAAAUCGGAGCGGAACAGCGGGGCCGGGAGCGCCGGCGGCGGCCCUGGGGGGACCGGGGGGAAGCGGGCGGUGGGGCGGCGGCGGGAACACGUUCUCAAGCAGCUGGAGCGAGUCAAGAUCAGUGGGCAGCUCUCACCUCGUCUUUUCCGGAAGCUGCCCCCUAGGGUCUGCGUGUCCCUCAAGAACAUCGUAGAUGAGGAUUUUCUCUAUGCAGGCCAUAUCUUCCUGGGAUUUUCCAAGUGUGGCCGCUAUGUCCUCUCCUACACCAGCAGCAGUGGGGAUGACGACUUCUCCUUCUACAUUUAUCACCUCUACUGGUGGGAGUUCAACGUUCACAGCAAGCUCAAGCUGGUCCGGCAGGUGCGGCUCUUCCAGGAUGAGGAGAUCUACAGUGACCUGUACCUGACUGUGUGUGAGUGGCCUAGCGACGCUUCCAAGGUCAUCGUGUUUGGUUUCAAUACCCGCUCAGCCAACGGGAUGCUCAUGAACAUGAUGAUGAUGAGCGAUGAGAACCAUCGUGACAUCUACAUCAGCACGGUGGCUGUGCCACCUCGGGGCCGCUGUGCUGCCUGCCAGGACGCCAGUCGUGCUCACCCAGGGGACCCAAGCGCACAGUGCCUGCGGCACGGCUUCAUGCUGCACACCAAAUACCAGGUGGUGUACCCCUUCCCCACCUUCCAGCCUGCCUUCCAACUCAAGAAGGACCAGGUGGUGCUGCUCAACACCAGCUACUCUCUGGUGGCCUGUGCUGUCUCCGUCCACGUGGCAGGUGACAGCAGUUUCUGCCAAAUCCUGUAUGACCACACAGCUUUGCCCCCAGCCCCACCCAGCUCUCCAGGACCUUGGAGCCCUGAGACAGUUCCCUCUUUCUCCGGCCUUGGUGUUGAGGUGGUCCCAGCCCUGCCUUCUGGAGCCCCUGAGCCCUCACCAGCCAUUGCCAAGGCCAAGGAGUUUGUGGCUGACAUCUUUCGCAGGGCCAAAGAGGCCAAGGGUAGUAGUACCUUGGAGGAAGCUCGGCUGCCCUCUGACUUGGGGCCCUCAAACAGCCGCUGCCGCCCACCUUUAGAGCCGCAAGUCCCAAGUAGGGACACGGUCCCCGGGGAAAGCCCUCCUGCUGCAGAGACCACGGUUCCCGAGCCUGGCUACGUCAAUUACACCAAGCUGCACUAUGUGUUACAGUCUGGGGAAGGGACAGAGCCUGAGGAUGAGUUUGAGGAUGACAAGAUCUCCCUGCCCUUUGUGGUGACUGAUCUCCGUGGCCGCAACUUACGGCCCAUGCGAGAGCGGACAGACAUGCAGGGCCAGUACCUGACAGUGGAGCAGCUUACCCUGGACUUUGAGUAUGUCAUCAAUGAGGUCAUCCGCCAUGAUGCCACCUGGGGUCACCAGUUCUGCUCUUUCAGUGACUAUGAUAUAGUCAUCUUGGAGGUCUGCCCAGAAACUAAUCAGGUCCUGAUCAACAUUGGUUUGCUGCUCUUGGCCUUCCCAGCGCCCACUGAAGAGGGCCAGCUUCGACCCAAGACCUAUCACACCAGUCUCAAGGUGGCCUGGGACCUCAACACGGGCAUCUUUGAGACAGUCAGCGUGGGCGAUCUAACUGAGGUCAAAGGACAGACCAGUGGCAGUGUCUGGAGCUCCUACCGAAAGAGUUGUGUGGACAUGGUCAUGAAAUGGCUGGUGCCCGAGAGCAGUGGCCGCUAUGUGAACAGAAUGACCAACGAGGCACUGCACAAAGGUAGGAAGUGCCCUAGCCGGGCAGGACACCCGAUCUUACCCUGGAUCCCUGGCAUGCUGGAUGUAAGGAGUGUCCUGGGAUGUGAGUGGCAUCCAGCUAUGGCUGGAGAAGCGGGGUGCUCACUGAAGGUUCUGGCAGACAGUGAGCGCUACACGUGGAUCGUGCUGUGAGGGCUGGACUGCUCUGGACCCUGACUCCAACUACCUCCAUGGCCCGCAGAGGACCACCUUCCUGGGCUGGCCCUAAGAGGGCCACAACCGGCACUAGUGUUAGGUUGCGGGAUGGGACUGGUGCAGCAGCCUCUGGUGGCCCGAGAGUCUGGAUGUGUCUUUAUUUAUGCCUAUUUAAGUUGGGAAAGGGCAGAGAGAGGAGUCCCUUAGGCCUGGCCUGCCCCAGCAAAGCCCAGUCCUGUUUCCUGUGCUCUGGCCCUUCUCCUUGGCUGCAAGUGUAGCCCUUUAGGGAGGCCAGUGGUUCUAGCCUCUCUCACUGAGGGUGGGAACCCCGUGGCCACCUCGCCUUGUUCUUCAUGUACUAAAUGCUUUAUUUCU